UCAGUCACGUGACAAUAUCACAACACGCCUGCGCACAGAAACAGAAGAUGGCGGAGAGUGCGGAACUGAAGCAAAUGGUGAUGAGCCUGCGGGUGUCAGAGCUGCAGGUGCUGCUGGGCUACGCUGGGCGCAACAAGCACGGGCGAAAGCAUGAGCUGCUGACCAAGGCACUGCACCUCCUGAAAGCUGGCUGCAGUCCAGCCGUGCACAUGAAGAUCAAAGAGCUCUACCGGAGACGCUUCCCUGCCAAAAUGGUCUCCCACUCAGAACUGGCCUUGCCUGGACCGCACCAUCCUGCCUCGGUAGGAGUGGUUGGGGGAGGGGGUGCUGUACUUCCCGCUGCCCUGACACAGUUAGCGUACGAGGGACAUGCUGGACACGGUGGAGCCCCGUCGCCUGCUGCCUUACUGCCUCUCUCACUGCUCGGCCCCUGGAAGCACGAGCUGGCUGGACUGACACACCACCUCUCCACCAUGGCCACACUGCAUCCGGUCCACCCAGAUGUCAAACUUCAGAGGCUGCCCUUCUACGACAUGCUGGAUGAACUCAUCAAGCCGACCAGUCUAGCGUCGGACAACAGCCAGCGGUUUCAGGAGACAUGCUUUGCCUUUGCGUUAACGCCACAACAAGUCCAGCAGAUCAGCAGCUCCAUGGACAUCUCUGGGUCCAAAUGUGACUUCUCAGUUCAAGUCCAGUUGCGGUUUUGCCUGUCAGAGACGAGCUGUCCUCAGGAAGACCAUUUCCCUCCAAAUCUCUGUGUGAAAGUCAACGGGAAGCCAUGUAACCUGCCGGGUUAUCUCCCUCCAACCAAAAACGGUGUUGAACCCAAGCGGCCCAGUCGGCCCAUCAACAUUACCUCACUUGUCAGAUUGUCCACUACAGUCCCCAACACCAUCGUGGUCUCGUGGACAUCUGAGAUUGGAAGGAACUUCUCCAUGGCUGUUUACUUGGUGAAGCAGCAGUCGUCCACAGUGCUAUUACAGAGACUCCGAGCAAAAGGCAUCAGAAACCCAGACCACUCCAGAGCACUCAUCAAAGAGAAGCUAACAGCCGACCCCGACAGUGAGAUUGCCACUACUAGCCUGCGAGUAUCCCUGCUCUGCCCGCUGGGGAAGAUGCGGCUGACGAUCCCGUGCAGGGCGCUGACAUGCUCCCAUCUGCAGUGCUUCGAUGCCACGCUUUACAUCCAGAUGAAUGAGAAGAAGCCCACCUGGGUGUGUCCUGUCUGUGACAAGAAGGCUCCCUACGAGCACCUCAUCAUCGAUGGGCUCUUUGUGGAGAUCCUCAACAGCUGCAUGGACUGUGAUGAGAUUCAGUUUAAGGAGGAUGGCAGCUGGGCCCCCAUGAGGUCGAAAAAGGAAGUGCAGGAAGUUUCCUCAGCGUCCUACAACAACGGGCUGGACGGCUCCUGUCGGACAUCUGAAGGCUCGGAGCAGCGGAGCUCCUCUUCUUCCAGCCACGGCAACGGCAGGAAAGUGGAAGUGAUCGACUUGACGCUGGACAGCUCCUCAGAUGAAGAAGGGCCAGAUUCGCCGGCUCCCCCACCUCCACCACUGCCUCCUCCCAUCAAAAGAGCGUGCCCAUCUCUGUCCCCGACCUCGCCUCCCAUCAUUAACAAAGGUGUGUUGAACCUGCACCACCAGGCCUCCCCCGUGAGCCGCACCCCCAGCAUGCCCACAAUAGACACCAGCUACAUGCCCCCGGUGCCCCCACUCAUCCAGGACUACAGGCCCUACUACCACACCCCCAACGACCUGUCAGAUUCUGCCUGUGCUUCAUUUCCAGAGUUGAACUUCUUCUCUUUCAUCCAAGGAGACAAUCAUCAGCAUUACAACAUGGUCAUGGCAGCGGCAGCAGCUGCCUCAGCCUCCGAUGAUCACGACCUGCUUCUCAACCACUUCCUGCCCUACACCACCUCCUCCUCCACCUCCCAGCUGUUCCUCGACCAAUCAGGCGCCUCCUCGGCCGCCUCGCUGACAGCACCGACCAACGGAGUGAGCAGCUCCGGCGGCGGCUUGGUGUCGUCCAGCGGCCUUCGAGACGUUAACUCCACACACGCAUCUUCACACACGGGCUCACACUCCUCACACACACACCCCGGGGUGGUAGCCAGCAGGAACAGCGCUGAAGCGACGGUGGCAGCUAUCUAUGGCGGGAUACCUGAUGUCAUAUCGCUGGACUGACCCGAGACUAGUCCACACUCUCUGGGCUCAGCUUGACUGCAGCAACACACCCAAGCAGACUGGCUGCAGGCUGAAGGCUAGAUCCAGAGAUCAGACUGGCACCAAGUCAUCAGACUCAUUGGGGCGGAGCCUAAGUGACGAGGCUGCCUUUACAAGAGCACUAAUUAAACCAGUGAGUGACAUCACUCUACGGGGACAGCUGUGGUCAUUGUGUUGGUGUAUGUAUACUGACCUCAGAUCAGAGCUGCUUUACUUCUUUACUGGUACCACCUCUGCACAAACGACCAAGAUGCUACCUGAGCUAACACACAAGGUCAGAUGCUUCUUUUGUUUUUUCCUGAAACAGAAACCAGGAGUGGCACCGUGUAUAGAGAACAAAAUCUAUUUUCCUCUUUUACUUUUGUACGUCGGGACAUUUUCAGCCUGCUGCGCUGCUUGGAUGGCUGUUUCCGAGAGGAGGACCUUCUCUAACAGAGCUUACAGAUGAACGCUGGUCGCCAUCUUCUGGUCUCUAAAGACACAGAUCCAGUCUGCGUCAGUUCUCUCUGCUUUUCUCUUCUGCUGUUAUGGUGUUUCUGUUCUCUCAUACCAACGUCUCUGAGGCUGAACUUGCAGUUUAAAUGUACCUGAAUGAUUUAAUGAAGCGUUUUAACUUAUGUAUUAUAUUUAAGCAGGUCUUUAUGCAUUCCCUUUGACCUCCAGGUGGAUGGCAGUGGGGGGUGCAGACACAAUGAACUAUUUCUGGUGUUUUUUUAUUUCCACUCCCUGUAAAAAUUUGCCGCCAUACAGCAUUUAUGGGAUAAAACUAUUUAUACUUGCCAAUUUAGACUUUUAGCUGGAAAAAAUUUCCUUUCCUUUUCUUCCCUUUUUUUUUUUUUUUUUUUUUUUUUGCACAAAGCCAAAUAACAGGUACCGAUGAGAGCCAGUGUUUUCAGUCGUGCCCAUGUCUGCAGCUUGGAUCUGUUCCUCCAUGUCUCGUCUCCUCAGCUGACUGUUAAAGAGGAUUUCUGAUGAAGCGGCGUCCACAGGCGUGUGACCACGUUUAAACCAGUGCCUGUUUAUGUUCCUGCUUCUGGGUUCGUUCAAGAAGCAUCAAAUUAAUGUCUUAAGUCUUGUCUCUGGUCUUCUGCCCUGGACGUUUUGACCUGCCACUAAUAUCUUCACCCUUCAGAGGGACAGUGUAGAGAGGACGGCUGUCCCAGGAGGCAGAAGUAGAACAUUUAAACACUCGUGUCCCGUCUGGAGUUCAGAAGCCCCUCAGAGACAGUCGGCGUGAACAACAUGGUGGCUGUUGUCUGCUGGAGACGGAGGGCGUCCAUUAUGAAUGUAUUGUACGUCUGUAAGGCGGGACACCGUUUCAGGUGGUUUGUCUUUACCAGAACUAAACGGGUCUUCGUCCUGCAGACCCGUCUGUGUGUCCGCUGUCAUCAGCGUCUCCUCGAUGUUCUGCUUCCCGUUACCGGAGACAGGCAGCGCACUCUACAGCCUAAUUAUCCCAACCCUUAGUUAAUCAUAUCUGACAGCAGCCCCCGCAUCCCUCGUCCCGUUCCUCCACACAACUGGGAGGUGACGCAGGGUGACCCCUUUUCCUCUUCAUCCGUUCUUCUCAUGGGAACUGGGUCUCGUCCGCUGGACCCACUUUCUGUGUGUUUUCUGUGUUGAGCAGAAUUUGUUUUAUUUUGUGUCCUCCUGUUUAUGUCUUUGUGUAUCGCUACACCCGCUUCAGCAGCUGAGGAGGAGGGUUUCAGUCGCUGAAAAGGUUUUAUUUAGUGAUCAUUCCCCAGCAUCACAACUGAUGCUCCAUAAAGAAAAGUGGCACUGCAUCUCCCAGGGAGCAGACUCUGGUAAUCCUUCUUGAUAAGGGCACAAAACUCAGGCUCAUUACAACAUCUGCAUGAUUCAGAAAUGGUGGAGGAAUAUCUUCUGAGAGUGGUGAGAGCCUGUCUGUGAGGAGGUCAGGUGAAUGUUUGUUUGGUUGUUCAGUUCCCUGAAAACAGAUCCAUCACUUCCUGAACAAAUCCCUUCAGCCUCAGCUGCUGAGCAAACAUCAGCCCACUAAAGAAAACUGGUAAGCAGGAGAAAUGAUGCUGUGAUUAGAAGGUAAACAGGUUUUUGCCUCUGGACGGAGGCAUUUUCACUCUUCAGCAUUAUUAAACAAAAAAAAAUGUUCUCUUCCGCUUUUAAAUGUGGCUUAAACAAAUACACUAAUGCUAAAAGGUCUGGAUCAGUUUCAGAUUUCCCGUGAAACAUGUGGAAUUUGCAAAUAAACAGGACAUCCAUGUAGUUGGAAAUUAACAUUUAAAUGGAAAAGGCGAACCUCUUCUUAGACAUCCCAGCUGUCAAACCUCCCAGGUAGUCUGAUGGGAUUUCACCCCCGUGGUUGGUGGAGCUCCAUCACUGUGGGAUUUCUGUCCCACUGUGUGUUCUUAUAUGGUUGAGUUUAUAGUUAAGUAUGUGGAGCAUCGGUUUGUUUGCAGGCUCAGACAGAGACCCGCCACUUUACUGCUGUGCUUAGAGAGGCCGGAUACCUGGUGUGGUUCGGUUUCAUCCAACACACCUGCUGCACCUGUAAAAACAAUCAGGUUUCUGUAAUGGAGUAGCCAGCACAGUUUGUGGAGACGCUCCAUGGGCCAUGAAGUAAAAAUCUGAUUAGCUUCAACAUUUGACAGAAAGCUGAUAAUCUUUUAGUCUGGGUAGUUUUAACAGCAAAUUUAAAACAAGAUUUUCAAGUGAUCCAAACAAUGGAGCUAGCUGUGGUGAAGCUGUAGCAGCCUGAAAGUGACUUUUACCCAGCAGAGAAGCUAAAAUGUUUAUAAUUAUUUAUCAGAUCUCAUUGCUGAGUUUAUUUUGGAGGCUCUUUUGUAGUUUUUUAAGCUUCAGGAAGCAUAAUAGCUGUUUUCCUAACUGUGCCUUUAUCAGGAAGUGUUACCAGUCUGCUCUGCUGGUUUCAUUGGUUUUUAACCACCAGUGCUGGGACGCUUGAUGGAGACGGUCACUGGAGCUGCAAGCAUUUGAUCACAGCUUUAUUUACUGCAGCUUCUGUCAUGCAGCUGGAUUAAUGAUGACGUGCUGAACGUGUUCUUCAUGCAGGGAUCCAAUCUGUGUGAGAUCAAGUCUGACACCCCCCAAACAUUAAUCCUGGAGGGCAACCAGUCGUUUUUAAAUCAUCCUAAAAGGGAAAAGUUUGUACAUAAUUUCAUUCUGAAAACUCAGAAGUUCAGAUCCAGAUGUGGCUGUGUGUGUGUGUGUGUGUGUGUGUGUGUGUGUGUGUGUGUGUGUGUGUGUGUCACUUCAGAGCAAGAGAAGAAAAUAAUUUAUAUAUUUUUAGAGAAAUGAAAGCUGUACUAUUUAAAAAAAACGACUGUGGCCAAUAAAGAGUCCCACAAAAGUCAAACAACGCAAGACGGAGUUGAGUCGACAUCUGCACUCACUGCCUUAUUCACAGGUUCAGCUUCACAGUUUUAAUCUGAGAAAAUGAAAAAUAAAAAAGAUUUUUUCAUUGAGGGAAAGGAAAAGCCGGUGUACAUUUAGACCCACGUCAGUUUGUACAAAUAUACCAAGUGGAAAAGAAUAUUUAUUACAUGCAUUGAAAAUUGUUUACUUAUUGAAUGUUACUUGUUUAUGUAGAAAAGUAGAUGUAAUAAAAUGCAUUCUGCUA